AAACUGACUCUCUCCAAAUCCAGAGAAUGGAGACUUCAGCAUUCCUCACUCUCCCCCUGCUGCUUGGGGCUUCCCUUGCCCUGGCACAGACCUUUAAAGGAUACCACUCCUUAUGUUACUUUGACAUCGCAGUGUCAAGGCCUGGCCUAGAGGAGACCCACUACAUGAUUGUUGGCUAUGUGGACAACACAGAGUUCGUGCAUUUCAACAAUGAGGCAGCGAAUCCAAGGUUUGAGCCCCGGGUUCCCUGGAUGGAACAGAUAGGAUGGAAGUACUGGGAUGACCAGACGCGCAUUGCCAAAGUCGCAGAACAGUAGAUUAGAGUGUACUUUCAGAAACUGCGAGACUACUACAACCAGAGCCAGAACAGUUCUCACACCAUCCAAAGGAUGACUGGCUGCUACAUUGGACCAGAUGGGCACCUACUUCACGCAUACCGUCAGUUUGGCUAUGAUGGAAAAGAUUACCUCACUCUGAAUGAAGAUCGGAGCACCUGGACUGCGGCAGAUGCAGCAGCUGAGAUCACCCAUAGAGAGUGGGAGGCAACUAAUGCUGCUGAAUACUGGAGGGUCUACUUGGAGGGCCCUUGCGUGGUGUGGCUCUUUAAAUACCUGAUGAUGGGAAAUGAGACUCUACUGCGCUCAGAUCCCCCAAAAGUAUAUGUGACCCAUCACCCUAGACCUGAAGGUGAUGUCAUCCUGAGGUGCUGGGUCCUGGGCUUCUACCCUGCUGAUAUCACCAUGACCUGGCAAAGAGAUGGGGAAGAUCAGACCCAGGACAUGGACAUUACUGAGAUCAGACCUGCAGGAGAUGGGACCUUCCAGAAGUGGGCAGCUGUGGUAGUGCCUUCUGGGGAGGAGCAGAAAUACACAUGCCAUGUGGAGCAUGAGGGGCUGACUGAGCCCCUCACCUUGAGAUGGAGUAGACCUCCUCAGUCUUUCGUUUUCAUCAUAGUAGUUACUGUUGGCCUGGUUCUCCUAGGAGCUUCAGUAGCUACUCUUGUCAUAUGGAAGAAGAGCUCAGGUGGGGAAAGGGGCAACCUGAGUUUUAUUUCUAACUGAGGGACUCUAAGCCUCAGGUAAGUUUUCUCUGCCUCCUUAUUGGGAAGGGGUGUGACCCAUUAUUGCCAAAGGAAAAAUUCUGAGUGUCAUAACUGAAAAUAUUUGAAUCUCAAAAGAUCAAAAUCCCCAAAAAACAAUUUUUAAAUGUAUCCAAAACCAUAAGCUAGAUUUAAAGGGAUAUUUACACACACACACACACACACACACACACACACACACAUGAAAGAGAGAAAGAGAGAAAGAAAGAAAGGAAGGAAGGAAGGGAGGAAGGAAGAAAGCAUGAUAGAACAAGGGUCUCUUAUGAACUCAGAUACACUAACAAAAGACAGAUGUAGUAUUGUGAGGAGUAAACCAUAUUCAGAAAGGCCUAGGUGGACAAACAAAAUGUGUAAAUGUAUAUCACUAUGGUUGUCAGUUACAUGCAGAGAGCACUGGGGAAGACAACAUAAGUCUUUGGGGAAUGUUAAUAAAAAUCCAUAGUGGAGUGCCACCAGUAUCCAGUCACUAAAAGACCCAAGAUCUUGAUAAAUUUUAUCUGCACACAUGGAAACACACCAAAAGCACAUCUCCAGUUGUUAAAAACAUUUCAGUCUUUUAUACUGUGCCAUGCUCAUAAUGUCCACACUGUAAUGCAUCUCCCCAGACUCAAUUUUGCCAAAUAUGUAAGCUGAAUUAGAACCCUCAGAAAAACCUUUACACAAUUCGAUCCUCUGUUGUUAGAAAUAAUGUAAGAAUGAAAUAAACCAUACUUUAUAUAUGA